AUGGUAACCAAUACUCCAGUUUUGACAUAUUUUGAUCCUGAAAAACCAGUCUUACUUACAGUGGACAGCAGCUCAACAGGUCUUGGAUCCAGAGCUUUGACUACAACACAGCAGAAGUACUCACAGUUGGAAAAGGAGACCCUAGCUAUAGUUUAUGGCUGUCAGAAAUUUCACCAGUAUGUCUAUGGAAGACGAAUUCAAGUUGAAACUGACCACAAACCUCUUCAAUCUAUAUUCCGUAAACCAUUACAUGACAUUCCAGUCCGACUGCAGAAAAUGGUUCUUACAUUACAAUGUUAUGACUUGGAUGUAACAUACAAACCUGGGAAUACUCUUGUUGUAGCUGAUCAUCUAUCCAGAAAUUACUUGAAAGAGACAACAGAGAAGUUAGUUGAUGAAUUCUCCGUAAAUGCUUUGUCAUACUUACCCCUAUCACCUGGAAAGUAUGCAGAAUUACAAAAAUCAGCUUCUGCAGAUCUUGAAACGAUUCUACUCAGUAAAGCUAUUCUAGAAGGAUGGCCAGAGAGUCGCGAUCAACUUCCUGUGGAAAUACGCACCUACUGGAAUUACAGAGAUGAACUUGCAUGCAUAGAUGGCUUGAUCUACAAAGGUCUUAGACUAGUGAUACCACAAACCUGUCGUAAGGAAAUGUUAGCGAGGAUACACGAAUCUCAUUUAGGCAUUGUAAAAUGCAAAGCAAUGGCACGUGAAGUCAUGUUUUGGCCAUCUAUGGGAAGUCACAUUAAAGAUAUUAUCUCCAAAUGCAGCAUUUGUGCUACCCAUCAACGACAAAAUCAAAGAGAAAGUAUUAUUCCUCAUAAAAUACCAGACCGACCUUGGUCUAAAAUAGCCAUGGAUUUGUUUGAAUUCAAUGGACACCAGUAUCUCCUGUCAGUAGACUUUUAUUCAAAAUGGCCAGAGAUAGCGAAACUGGAACAGCCUAACUCCAGUUGUGUGAUUCAACAUCCAAAGAGCCUGUUCGCACGAUACGGUAUUCCUGAUGAAGCCUUGUCUGAUAAUGGACCUCAGUUUGCUAGUGCUGAAUUUAGGAAAUUUGCCCAAGAUUAUGAAUUUCGCCACUUGACGUCUAGUCCCCAUUUUCCCCAAUCCAAUGGACAAAUGGUUCAAACAAUCAAACACUUACUCGAAAAAGCAAAGGAUUUUUACCUGGCAAUCUUGGACUAUAGGAACACACCUUUAGAAGAACUUUGA